AUGGUCAAGAAUCUCAGUGGAAAGACUGUUAUUGUGACGGGUUCCUCGAGGUAUGAUGAAGCCCUCUGCAUAACGAAUCUACCGAUAGUGACCGAGGCAAUAAGGGGGAUCGGCACAGGAAUCGCAAUUGACUUGGCAAAACGAGGUGCAAAUGUAGUUGUGAACUACACUUCACCCAGAGGCGCAAUUGCAGGCGAGGAAGUGGUAAAAGAAAUCGGAGACGCUGGCAGCAAAGUUGCUCUUGUCCAAGCAAAUGUUGCUCUUCUUUCAGACCUCAGGAAGCUUGUUGAGGCUGCGUUGGCAUUAUCGGGAAGUGGAAAGAUAGAUAUUCUAGUCCAUAAUGCUGCAGCUGGAGACGAUUGUUAUAUGGAAAAUAUGACGGAGGAAUUUUACGAGUCCCAAACCGACAUCAACCUGAAAGCACCAAUCUUCCUCACUCAAUUGACCUUGCCGCAUAUUGGUCGAGGAGGUCGAAUAGUUCUUGUGAGCUCGGUAUCCGCUCGUAUGGGUAUGCCACAGCGGACAGUGUACGCAGGUACAAAGGCUGCUCUCGAGGGAAUUGCAAAAGUCUGGGCAACGGAAUUGGGAAAGAAGUACGGAAUCACGGUGAACUGUAUCAGUCCAGGGCCGGUUGCCACAGAUAUGUGGACCGAGUGUGAGCCAGAUCCAAUUAUCAACGCUAUGCCAGCAGCCGCGAGAGUAGGAGAAGUGUCAGACAUUGUGCCAGUCGUGUCAUUCUUGUGUUCGGAGGACAGUCGAUGGGUGAUGGGGAGCACUGUCAGCGCGAGUGGUGGGAUGAAGUUCAUCUGAAGGUUAUUCGAU